UCUCCUUGGAAUGCGGCCGAUCCCGCGGCGCAGCCUCCCCGGCUCCUCCUGAGCGGCCCUCCAGGCCUCGCGGUGCUGCAGUGGCCGCGCCUCCGCCGCCCGCGCGCUGGGGAGCCGGGCGCUGCCGCCGCAGUCCCAGCCGCGGUGCUUGGUGUAAACAAGCAGCCCCCGCGCGCCCGGAGCGCGCAGCCCCUCGGCGUGCACGCACCGAGCUGACGGAGGAUGGCAACCUCCGUGGUGGAGAAAAGCUGCAAGAAGAAGACCGAGAAGAAGCUUGCUGCUCGAGAAGAAGCGAAAUUGCUGGCGGGCUUCAUGGGUGUCAUGAAUAACAUGCGGAAACAGAAAACAUUGUGUGAUGUGAUCCUUAUGGUCCAGGAAAGAAAAAUACCUGCUCAUCGUGUUGUCCUUGCAGCAGCCAGUCACUUUUUUAACUUAAUGUUCACAACUAACAUGCUUGAAUCAAAGUCCUUUGAAGUAGAACUCAAAGAUGCUGAACCUGACAUUAUUGAACAACUUGUGGAAUUUGCUUAUACUGCUAGAAUUUCUGUGAAUAGCAACAACGUUCAGUCUUUAUUAGAUGCUGCAAACCAGUACCAGAUUGAACCUGUGAAGAAAAUGUGUGUUGAUUUUUUGAAAGAACAAGUUGAUGCUUCAAAUUGUCUUGGAAUAAGUGUGCUAGCAGAGUGUCUAGACUGUCCGGAAUUGAAAGCAACUGCAGAUGACUUUAUUCAUCAGCAUUUUACUGAAGUUUACAAAACUGAUGAAUUUCUACAACUUGAUGUCAAGCGAGUUACACAUCUCCUCAACCAGGACACUUUGACUGUGAGAGCAGAGGAUCAGGUUUAUGAUGCUGCAGUCAGGUGGUUGAAAUAUGAUGAACCUAAUCGCCAGCCAUUUAUGGUUGAUAUCCUUGCUAAAGUCAGGUUUCCUCUUAUAUCAAAGAAUUUCUUAAGUAAAACAGUACAAGCCGAACCACUUAUUCAAGACAAUCCUGAAUGCCUUAAGAUGGUGAUAAGUGGAAUGAGGUAUCAUCUCCUGUCUCCAGAGGAUCGAGAAGAACUGGUAGAUGGCACAAGGCCCCGAAGAAAGAAACAUGACUACCGCAUAGCGCUAUUUGGAGGCUCUCAACCACAAUCUUGUAGAUAUUUCAACCCAAAGGAUUAUAGCUGGACGGACAUCCGCUGCCCCUUUGAAAAACGGAGAGACGCAGCAUGCGUGUUUUGGGACAAUGUUGUAUACAUUUUGGGUGGCUCUCAGCUUUUCCCCAUAAAACGAAUGGACUGCUAUAAUGUGGUGAAGGACAGCUGGUAUUCCAAACUGGGCCCCCCAACACCUAGAGACAGCCUCGCUGCCUGUGCCGCAGAGGGCAAAAUUUAUACAUCUGGAGGUUCUGAAGUCGGAAACUCAGCUCUGUAUUUAUUUGAGUGUUAUGACACGAGAACUGAGAGCUGGCACACAAAGCCCAGCAUGCUGACCCAGCGCUGCAGCCACGGGAUGGUGGAAGCCAAUGGCCUAAUCUAUGUUUGCGGUGGAAGUUUAGGGAACAAUGUUUCUGGCCGAGUGUUGAAUUCCUGUGAAGUUUAUGAUCCUGCCACAGAAACAUGGACUGAGCUGUGUCCAAUGAUUGAGGCAAGGAAGAAUCAUGGACUGGUGUUUGUAAAAGAUAAGAUAUUUGCUGUGGGUGGUCAGAAUGGCUUAGGUGGUCUGGACAAUGUGGAAUAUUAUGAUAUUAAAUUAAAUGAAUGGAAGAUGGUCUCACCGAUGCCAUGGAAGGGUGUAACAGUGAAGUGUGCAGCGGUUGGCUCUAUAGUUUACGUCUUGGCUGGUUUUCAAGGUGUGGGUCGAUUAGGACACAUCCUUGAAUAUAAUACUGAAACAGAUAAAUGGUUUGCCAACUCCAAAGUUCGAGCUUUUCCAGUAACAAGUUGUUUAAUUUGUGUUGUUGAUACUUGUGGAGCAAAUGAAGAAACCCUUGAAACAUGAAAAAUGAGUGAACUUCAAGAUUUAUUGGAGACUCAAAAAUAUGGCCACCAAUACUUUGUUCCAAGAGUUGGUUACAAAGUUUUAGUUUGGUCGGUUUUGGGGUUUUUUGUGUGUAUGUUGUUGUUUUUUUGUUUGUUUGUUUGUUUUUAAGGAAGUUUCAAGUAAAGAAAGAUCCCUAUAAAAUCAGAGUUCCUUACUUAAUUCAAAGACCACAUUUUAGCUGUCCACCUAAUCAUGAACAUAUCUAGCAAGAAAACUUGAAAAAUACUUAGCAUUUGGUGAAAAUGUGAAUUUUUCUUAAAUGAAUUUCGCAUUUGUAACUAUGACUAUCACAGAGUGGGAGAUUGGCUCAUCAGUGAACAGUCUCAUCUUAGCUCUAGAUUCUAUUUUCAUACAUCACAGAAGUGCUAUGUAGUUAGGCUGUUUGUUUCAGUUCAGUCAAGAACUAAAAAAUAGUAUGGAGCAGUGUAGUCUCCCAUAGUUUUGCUUGUCUUCGUUUGUUCCAUUCAGUGCCAAAUGUGUUCUAUUUUUAAAAGCAAGGCAGAGUGAGUCGAGGCAUGUGCAUACUCUCUCACAAACUUCAUAAUUGCAUUUUGGGACUUAAAAAUGUACCAAACUCCUGAUGAAAUAUAUUUAACCCAAUUAAAUAUAUGCCAUCUUUUAAACAGAAAUGUCAAGCUUAGCACCCAUUAUUAAUUUGUCACUGUGUUACCCAGGGCUUAAAAAAUGAUUGUCUCUUUAGUCCUCACUUCAAAUAAAAUCCAAUUAUAAUAGGAAUGAUUGACUAGCCAAAAAUAAAGCUAUUUAUAGCAAAUGUAUAGGUCACUAGAAUAGUACUGAUAAUUAUACAAUAUCAGUGUUGAUUUUGAACUUCUAAUGGAUUAAAAGGUACAUGAUUUCUUUUCCUUAGCAAGAUACAUCAGAGAUAUUUGAUCCCAUUGUAUCUAAAAGUUUUGUAAUUUGAAUUGCAUAUUUGUCAUCUCUUAUUAAUUGCUUUUGUGAGGUCAACAGGUCUUUUACAAACCCAUCUAUUCAUUUCUUCCUACUAAUGUUUUGCCUGUUUACAUUAUGAUAUGUAUGGAAUGAGCUAUAUAAAGCUGUCACCAUCAAUGUUUUUAUCUGGUAAUAUUAAAUAUUUUUUAACUUAAAACAGA